AUGACGUCGCUACUACAGGCUUUACGGUACCAACAUGGCCGCUCACAGGAUAGUCAACAUGUAUUUUUGAUCUCUCGUGUUUAUCUCAAUGAUAUAUGUCGACGAUAUUUUGAAAUUGGACGCAUAACAAGGAAUAAAAUGAAACUACCGCUGGUCACAUCGGUAUUAAUUCGCGUUUACCGGACAGCUUGUCCUGUGUCACACAUUCAGAGGAUCAGAUAUGGAGCUGUCCUCAAUAAAAACUAUUCCUCUGUGUCUGCAGUCAAGAACUGCUCUGCACUCCUGUACAGGAAACAUGGGGAGCCUUCACAAGUUGUCCAGUUGGAGUCUCUGGAUCUUCCUCAUCUGGGACCUGAAUGUGUCCUGGUGAAAAUGCUGGCGGCUCCCAUCAACCCUCUGACUUAAUAUGCUCAAGGCACCUAUGCCAUCCUGCCUGAGCUUCCGGCAGUGGGGGGCAAUGAGGGUGUGGCUCAGGUGAUGGAGGUGGGGGAGAAGGUAAAAACACUCAAAGUGGGCGACUGGGUGAUUCCAAAAGAUGCCGGCACAGGCACGUGGAGAACAGCAGCGGUUUUGAAGGCUGAUGAUCUGGUGACUUUACCUAAAGACAUUCCUGUACUGUCCGCAGCCACUCUGGGGGUCAAUCCAUGCACAGCUUAUAGGAUGCUCGCAGACUUUGAGGAGCUCAAACCAGGAGACACAGUGAUCCAGAACGCCGCUAACAGUGGUGUCGGACAGGCUGUUAUUCAGAUUGCUGCUGCUAAAGGCGUUCACACCAUCAAUGUCAUCAGAGACAGGCCGGAUCUGCAGCAACUCUCACACAGACUGACAGCGAUGGGCGCAACACACGUCAUUACAGAAGAGAAUCUGAGACGGCCAGAGAUGAAGGAGCUCUUUAAGUCCUGUCCUCGACCUAAACUAGCGCUGAAUGGAGUUGGAGGAAAAAGUGCCACAGAACUGUUACGCCAUUUACAAACUGGAGGGAGUUUGGUGACCUACGGUGGGAUGGCCAAACAACCAGUCACUGUUCCAGUGAGUGCGCUGAUCUUUAAAGACGUGAAAGUAAGAGGUUUUUGGGUGACCCAGUGGAAGCGAGACAACAGACACGACGAUAACGCCUUACGACAUAUGCUGGAUGAACUCUGUAUCCUGAUCCGCGCUGGGAAACUGUCGGCUCCAAUCUGCACCCAAGUAAAGCUUGAAGACUUCCAGAAAGCUCUAGAAAACGCCAUGAAGCCGUAUGUGUCCACUAAACAGGUUUUUGUCAUGUGAAUACAACCCCAAACACACGUAUAAUAAACAGGACAGCAAAGUCCAGUGAGCUUUAUCAGGUUGACAACAGGCUUUUGGCAAUGCCUUUGAUUUUGCUGGUAUUUAUUAUAUGCUAAGAGUUUAUGAGCAUCAUAAUGAUUAUCAGCAUAUCAGUCUAUAUUGAGCACUCACUGAUAAUCAGACAUGCUCAGAGCUUGUGUUGUUGCCGUUUUGCUUUGUCACAUGAACUCAAACAUGUAAUCUUUAUAUCAGGGGUUUGUGUUAAAGAUACACACUACAGUGUAAUCUAUAAAACACCUAGCAUUGACUGAGCGAUUAAAGAAAGGCUAAAUGUCUUUCAUUAUAUUAAUUAGAGCACAGUAAUGAACACAUUGUCAUUGUUAACGAAUAUAAAGCAUGUGCUAAAAUUAGCCGAUCUUUUUGUCUUCUAUUGGCGUUUGCAUUUGACUGAUGAAAGCAGAAAAAUAUUAAUGACACAAUUAUAAUGGCCUCAUGACACUCAUGUUUAUGACAGAUUUAUGACAAGUCUUGAUCAUGUCAAGUUGCCAUAACGACAUCUCAAACAAUGCCAUCUUUGCAUUUAAAAUGGCACUAAAUAACUGAGCUAAUGGCAGUUGUUAUAAACAUGCAUACAAUCUCAUUCAUAUUAAUGACGCGUUACGUCAUGAUUAUAAAGGUGUCAUGACAGUCUUGUGAACACCCACUCAAGAAUGAUCUAUCUUUCUGUGGUUGAUUGGCUUUUGCGUUUGAUCGAUGAAAACACACAACUAUAAUGGCCUCAUGACAGUCAUGUUUAUGACAGAUUUAUGACAUGAUAAUGUCAAGUUGUCAAAGACAUGUUAUAAUGUGUUUAUGUCAAGUUGUCAUAAAGACAUCUCAAUCAAUGUCAUCUCUGCAUUUAAAAUGGCAUAACUGAGCUAAUGACAAUUAAUGACAGUUGUCAUAAACAUGCAUAAAAUCUCAUUCAUAUUCAUGACGUGUUAUGUCAUGAUUAUAAAAAUGUUGUGACAGUCUUAUGAACACCACCUUCAAGAUUAAACUAUUUCUUUGUCCUGUA